UUGACUGAAACCCACCACCAGAGUUGUAUAACUUUCUCUGUAGGACUAUACUCGGGAGUUUUAAGUAGCAUGUUCGUACGGCCCCUUUAACUUCUGAGCCGAUUUCCAGAAAGCAACAACCUGUAACAGGCUCAGCGAUCCUCCCCCUGAUGGAUUAUUUAGCAGGUGCUGAGUCCCAUGUCGCCAUCUGCUAUAGGAAGAAAAACGCUGCGGAAUAUUCUCUGAGGCACAUGAUACAUGUUAGCACACUGGGGUAAACAAACAAGUUAAAGAAAAGUUGUUUACUGGAUCAUUAAAAUUUUUUUAAAAAAGUUUGCAUCAGAGCGAGAAGAAGCGGAUAACCGAGCCACAGACAACAGGUUAGUUUAUCACCCAGGUAACGAAUAAUGGACUGAGUUUUAUUUCAACAUGUAAAAAUUGCGUAUUAAAACGUGAAUGAACUGAAACGGAUCUUGCUUUGGAUCGUUUUUUUUUUGGCUCUGGGAAAAAUGUGGAGCGAUAAUUAAGCUGUCCCAUAAAACUGACCCGGGUGACUGUGAUGAUCUUUGUAAAUACAAUGCUGACCCUCUCCGCACGGUGAACUGAUCGGGCUCAACUCAGGCAACCAGAGGCAGGAGGCGUCCAAUCUGCAGCAGUCAUGGUGGUGGAGGGUGACAGGACGCUGCUGGCCGCAAGACAAGGAGAUGUGCAGACUCUAAAAGUGCAAUUAGCGGCAAAAGCGCUUACCGGCGACGUCAAGGACAUGAUGGGGGCUUCACCGGUCCACCACGCAGCCCGUGCCGGGAAACUAAACUGCCUGCGUUUCCUAGUGGAGGAAGCAGGACUGUCGGGCAACUGCGUGGCGAACAACGGGGCAAGCCCGGCGCAUGACGCAGCAGCCACCGGCAACCUGGCCUGCUUACAGUGGCUGCUGACCCAGGGUGGCUGUCAGCCAGAGCACAGGGACAGUUCUGGUGCCACCGUUCUCCACCUUGCAUCCCGCUUCAGCCACCAUGAGGUCACUGACUGGCUACUGAAGAGCGGCGAGGUGGAUCCUGGGACCUCCACUGAUACAGGCGCCCUACCUGUUCACUACGCUGCUGCCAAGGGAGACCUGCCCUCUCUCCGACUGUUACUAGGGCACAGCCCAAAUGUUGUCAACUCCCAAACUAAGAAUGGUGCCACGCCGCUCUACCUGGCUUGCCAGGAGGGUCAACUGGAGGUCGUCCAGUAUCUGGUCAAGGAUUGUGGGGCGGAUCCGAGCAUCAGAGCCAAUGACGGGAUGACACCUCUACAUGCUGCUGCCCAAAUGGGCCACAACACAGUCAUCGUCUGGCUGAUAAGCUUCACAGAGAUCGGCCUGACAGACAGGGACAGUGACGGGGCCACAGCUAUGCACUUUGCAGCCAGUCGGGGCCACGCAAAGGUGCUCAGCUGGCUGCUGCUGCACGGCGGAGAUAUUGUCAUGGACACCUGGGGAGGGACCCCGCUUCACGAUGCUGCAGAGAACGGUGAACUGGAGUGCUGUCAGAUCCUUGUGGUCAAUGGGGUAGACCUGGGCAUCAGGGACCAGGACGGCUUCACAGCAGCAGACCUGGCUGAAUACAACGGCCACUCCCAGUGUGCCAAGUAUCUGCGCACUGUGGAGAACAUGAGUGUGGAGCACCGUGUUUUGUCUCGGGAUCCUUCAACAGACCUAGAGUACAAGCAGCCGGACUCGGGACUCUCGUCACCAAACACCACCAUGCCCCCUACCAGCCAAACGGCACACUUUGACAUCGGUUCACCAUCCAGCUCCCUGUCAAACUACGACUCAGCCAACUCUAGCCAGUCCAGCACCGGGGAGAAGAGGAGCAGCUUAACAGCAUCACGAGGCCCACACACUCAGCUGAACACAGCACACACAGGUGCAUCAGAGUCAGCCAUUUCAGACAUGCAGGCAUAUAUGGAUAUGCUGAACCCAGACAUUGGCUCUGAUAUGCCCAAGAAGAAUGAGAUACCUGCUGAUGUCGACUCCAAGCUCCCGCCACCACCAACCUAUCCACCCCCACCUCCUCCACAGUCUCAACCGGUGCCCCCUCCACCCCCGAGCUACCCAGCACCACAGCCACCGAAAGAGCCAUCUUCAGCAGAGUUCCUGACAGUGAAAAGCAACUUGCGGCAUGUUGAGAAUAAGAAGGAGCUGACUCCUGGAGAAAGCCACGAUAAACUGCGGCGUGUGGAUUCAAACAGAAAGUCAAGGAGCUUCAGCAAACAGCCCAGCACUGGGGACUACUACAAGACCCUGGGCAGCGACACAGCCGAGCCCCAAGAGACUAAAAGCAUGGCGCCCAACGAGGAGGGCUCCGUCUUAUUGGAGGAGCCUACAGACAGCCCCGCCCACAGCUCUGAGAAUGGCACCACAGAAGAAUCAGUCGCACCUCCACCUCCUCCACCUCCACCCCCUCUUCCCCCAAGCAACCCAACGCCAACACCCCCUCCGCCUCCUCCACUGCCCCCGGAGACGCCAACCACCCAGAAUAACUCAGCCAGUUGCACUUCCACCAACCAGCGACGCCCUUCUUCCUCAUCAGGAAGCGGGAAUAGGUCUGCCUCUCAGGCAAAGGCAGGGGCACCGAAACAAAUGAAGAGCACAAAAUCUUUCAACAUGAUGUCCCCCACUGGCGACAACUCGGAGCUGCUGGCAGAGAUCAAAGCAGGGAAGAGCCUCAAGCCCACACCUCACAGUAAAGGCUAUACCACUGUCUAUUCCAGCAGUGGACCCACAGGCAACAAUGGAAACACUGCAUCUCCACCAGAGACCCGUGCAUCCAGCCCACCACCUAAGCCGCCAUCCCCUCCACCAUCCAAUAUGUCUGUCACCUCGCCACCCAUUACCCCUAGUCCCAGCCCCAGUCCAACUGGCCCUGGACCUGCUAGGACCAUGUCAAACUCUACAAGCAAUGAGCACCUGCCUACCAACUCUGUUGUCAAUGGGAACAGUGGUGGCAGAGCAGGAGCAGAAUCGGUGCGGAAGAUGAGCCUUGCAGAUGUGGAGGCGCUAGUGCCCACUCAUGACGAACAGGGGAAAGCGAUUCCUGAAUGGAAGAGGCAGGUGAUGGUGCGAAAGCUUCAAGUCAAGAUGCAAGAGGAGGAGGAGCACAAGCGCAAGGCUGAGGAGGAGGCUGCACGCCUGGCAUCCAUGCCAGCGUGGAGGAGAGACAUGAUGAAAAAGAAAAUGGACGAAGAGAGGGAACAAAAAAGAAAAGCAGAACAGCAGGCCAAACAGGCGAAGGAGAUAGAGGAGAAGACAGAGCUGGAACGACUACGGACCCUAGGCUACGAUGAGACCAAGCUGGCCCCCUGGCAGCGACAGAUCAUUCUGAAGAAAGGGGAUAUAGCCAAACAGUGAACUGGGCCGUCUCCCUCCUCCUCUGCCCCGCAGCACUCCCCACCCUGACACACCCUACCCCAAGGCCUUCACUGAACACCUCCCCCUUCCUUGAUUUUGCACCCUGCACUGUACAUUGGACAGUGGGGGAGAGCUUGUCUCAUCUUAAACCCUGUCUCACUCUUGGGCCUCCAUAAACAUAGGACCAUGUUGUGGUUGCUGCUGUCCACACCGGCUUUGAGGCUCAGCUUGGGUGAAACAACAGUGGUUAAGACCUCCCAUUAAAAGUCUCAUGGACAGAAACGGCUCGUCUUUUAGUGCUAACAAUAGCUGUGACAUGCACUGAUUCUCCUCACAUAAGACAUUUGCUGUAACUGCAUGUGUCCUUCACUAAAUUUAGAUUAUCUGUAGUUUCUAUCUAUAUGCUUUCCUGGAAAUCAAUAGAAGCUAUCUCACAUAGAGGAGUCAUUUCCUGUUAUAUUUCCCCUUUGUUAGCUACACUCACUGUUAUGUAAUGAAUGGAAAAGUAGCUCCGUAACAGUUGUGUCAUCUCAAGAUGACAUGGACAUACUCAGCAAAGGCUUAUUAAACCCUGAAGCAGCUAAUGCACUCUGUAUGUAGACAUCUUUAUCAUGCUAUAUACUUAGUCAUGAGAUUUUUGUAUCAAGCUCAUAGAAGCACUUUCCAAAAAUGGCUUCAUUUGACUGCCAGAGUUGUAACCCUAACACUGCUCAAACCUAUCGGUUUCUUUAGACGAACUUAUUGUCAUUUCUCUGUGGAUUUGGAAUAUUAAUAUAUAUCCUAUUUUAAAUAAUGUAAAGAUUAUGUAGCUGUGCAAAUUGAAUUUUAUUAAUAAUCGCUGGACAAACUUAAAUUUUUUCUAUAUGUGACUUAAAUGUUAAGCUGUUGUGAUCAUGAAUGUGAAAUGUUGCGUGCAUGUGUAAUGUGUAUCGAGCAUGUUGUGAUGUAUUAUUAAGCACAUUUGCCCCCAGGACCCUGGAUUUACAGUGAAAAACAAAAGAGAAAAAAAAGCAAAAGUGCUGGGUUUCUAUUUGAACAUGGCCUUUUCACAACAAAACACGCAUAUGUGAAGAGCAGCAUCUUACACCAGAUGUCUCAUCUACACACACUUAAUAUUGCAAAAGUAGAGAAAAGUCAUCAGUUUGUCCUGUGUCCUGUUCCGGCCUUUGUCCCACUAACCUGGAGGAUAAAUCUUUGAUGAGCCGAUCCCCUUACAGAAUUCAGAAUGCUCUCUCUGGCAGCCACAAACAGCAGUAACAUCUAAAAUGUACCAUUCUUUAGAUAAUGCUAGCUGUGUUUUAGUAAUCUGCAGCCGCUAGUGUUUAGAGUCCAUUUAUCUUAAACAUUUGGUUAGAAAUAAGAGGAACAAGUACUGACACAAAUGGCUGGUUGAUCGUUAUACAUUUUAUUUUAGAUUCAUUAUAACUUUGGUCUAAACUAUUUCCUCCCGUCCCAGGUUUUAAAGCAUUACUUGGUUCCAUACAUUUGUUGGGCAUGUGUUCAUCGGUUUGGGGCUACAUAUGUGGGAAAUGUGGGAAAUGUAUGUUGAAUGUUUUUGGCAGAACUGAGGAGACACAUUUUAAAUGUUAUCACACCAUGAAUCAGAGUAACUGACCCUCACAAUCAUGCCGGAUAUCUCUUGCUGAGCGUGACACAUAAGUAUUCCCACAUGAUGGAAAAUAUCCUCUGUUUACUGCAUUUAUGUUGGAUGUACAUUAAUACAAAUGUUGGGUAUCGAGCUUACUCAUCAUGUCGUCGUGAAAGACAUGGUCCUAGUUGGGGGAAUCAUUUGGAAUUAUUAUAAUUCAUUGUCAUCGGAUGCCAUAUGAUGUUGAAAUUGAAAAUGAUGUAAACGUCAUUGCCAUUUGAUUUUCUAUGUUUCAACUCUGUAUAUAGUGACCCUGUCAGAAUUUGUCGUUUCAUUGUUUCCACAUUGCAUUAUAUUACAUGUCUCAGCCUUGCUUGAAUAGAAUGUUGGCUAAUUCAUGUAUAAUUAUAUUUUCAGACUGUUAAAAAUGAAGACAAUAAAUCUUUAA